AUGGCAUUCAGCACCAUCUUUAAGAAAGCCAGCAACUUAUUUGGCCUAGGAGGAUCAGAGUCCCUGAGGCCCCCUCCCUUGGAUGGGGAGAUAAUCUAUUGCAAGAACAAUGUAUGUGUGCACCCACCGGCCUCACUGCUGCUGGACACAGAACAUCAUCCAGGAUACCUCACAUUGCGAGCUCAGCAGAACCAGUCAUGUCGCCCAACUCUCAUCUUGACAUGGAUUCCUAAUGCAACACUGAAGAAAAAUCCUCACAGCAUUGAAAGCAGUCCCAUCAAAUCUCGAUCCAGCACUCCGAAAAUCAGCCCUAGACGUAACCCCAAACAAGAAUUUGCAAAAUCAGACGAGUCAGUAACACUGACACCUUCGCCGUCUCCUAGCACAUACGAUUCAUAUCCAGAUCGACGAUUGAAAAAAUUGAGCACUGAUACUACCAGCAUCUGCUCUGAGAUAUCACUGGAGUCAAAAGAGGAUUCUCCAAGCAUAGAUGAGUCAUACAUUGGAGAAGAAACAUCUAAGACCAGUGGAAGUAAGCUAAGUUGCAGCUACAAGUCACAGUGUGACUCAGGAAUAGGUACAGAAGAAGGGCAACACACUUCCAGCAUCAGCAGUGCAUACCAACCCCAGAAUAACGAAAAAAGUCUACAUCUCGGAGUAAAACCCUCCAGGGUUGGAGUGCAUGUCAACGAUUUAAACAGCUGGGACAAAAGUUCAAGAUCUGAUCACAAAAAUGUGGGAAUUGGUAAAGAUCCAAACCACAGCACAGAUGAGUUGCAUUUAACGAAACAAACUCCAUUCCAACUGGUGGCAAGUUCAUGUUUGAAAACAGAAACAAACUCCAUGCCAAGGUUAAAGACAAAGGGGGGGGUUGGGAUCAAACCAGUCAGCAUUGAAAUAGAGGGAGACAAACUUGUUGUUGUCACUGAACAGCAGGAAGGUGCCACCAACAUGCCUUCAGACCCAAACAUCAAUCGCAACGAGAGUAAAUUUGAAACCAGCAGCUCCCAGUCGACAGACAUCGACACCCAGAGCCUGAGUUCUGACUCCAACAAUCAGAGCCCUUGCAGCAUCGGUAUCAAGCCCACCAUGUCAAAGGUUACCGAGGAUGGAAUAAAUUAUGCAGAUGGGCUUCCUGAUCUGACUGCACAGUUGAGAUCAAGGGUUCCUUUAGAGCUACAUUUACCUCAGACAACACGGCCUCCCCCCAACACUCCUGCAAUGACUCCAGAUGUCAAUGUGGCCAAGUCUAGAUCUAGAUCUGUGUCAUGUUCUUCAACCACAACUUCAGGCCCUGACUCAAGACCAGUAACUCCUUGUACAUCAGAGGGAGAAUCUGUACCCACUUCUCCACAUCAGGAUUGGACAGGUGACCAGCCGGAGUCUCCCAGCAGCUGCAGUUCUGCUGGCAUGUCACAUAACCUGACUUUUCCAGAAAAUGCCAUGAUAACCUCGAGCAGCUCCUGUCACAAAGAGAAGCGUAGUGCCAAAGAUCAGUUGUGUGGGGUGUUUUCUGUUGAUCUAGGUCAGAUGCGUUCUUUAAGAUUGUUCUACAGUGACCAGGCUUGUACCCAAGGUCAAGUGGUCAUUGCCAGCCGGGAGAGCCAGUAUAAAAUCUUACACUUCCACAAUGGAGGUCUGGAUAAACUGGCAGAAAUCUUUGAAGAUUGGAGCCUGUUUGCCCAGGAAACAAACGAAGUAGCCGAAGGAGAUAAACCCUACCGGCAGUUUCUUGUGGUGAAGCCUCAUCUGACCGAUGACCAGUGCCACCCAGAGGAGAACUUGUUUUCCGUGGUGACCGAAGAGGUGUGGAGAGAACACAUGGCUGCCGAUGGUAGCAUUGAAGAUGUCUUCCAGUUGCGUAAAGCAAUAUUUUUUGGAGGCCUUGACCCAAGCAUCCGUCAUGAGGUCUGGCCUUUCCUCCUGCAUUAUUUUCCAUUCUCUUCAACUUUGGAGGAGAGAGAGCAGAUUAGAAAUGACAAGUAUAUUGAGUAUCAGAAUAUCCGUAAAGUCAGAGAAUCAAUGGAUCCAGAGGUCCAACAGCAGUUCUGGCGCAGUAUUCAGUGCAUUGUUGAAAAAGAUGUGAUCAGAACUGACAGAUCACAUCCGUACUUCAGAGGAGAUCACAAUCCAAACAUUGAAGUCCUAAAAAAUAUACUUCUCAAUUAUGCCAUAGCCAACCCUUUAAUGGGCUACACGCAGGGCAUGUCCGACCUGCUGGCUCCAGUGCUGGCGGCAGUGCAGCAAGAAUCAGACGCUUACUGGUGUUUCACAGGACUGAUGACACGGACCAUUUUUGUUAGCUCACCUAAAGACAGCGACAUGGACAAACAGUUGAAUUAUCUACGAGAACUGCUUCGAGUGACACUUCCAAAGUUCCACUACCACCUGAAGCUUCUCGGACAAGAUGCCAUGGAACUUUUGUUUUGUCACAGAUGGAUUCUGUUGUGCUUCAAACGGGAAUUCUGCGAGGAGGAUGCUCUGCGUAUAUGGGAGGCUUGUUGGGCCCGCUACCAGACAGAGUAUUUCCACCUUUUUGUCUGUGUUGCCAUUGUAGCAAUCUACGGAGACGAUGUUGUGGAGCAGAGACUGCCAGCAGAUGAAAUUCUCCUUCACUUCUCCAGUUUGGCUAUGCAUAUGAAUGGACAGCUAGUUCUCAGAAAGGCGCGUGGUCUUCUACAUGAGUUCAGAAAACGAUUGAAGAUCCCCUGCACUCUGUACAACUUAUGCUCUCAGGUGAAUGCUGGGAUGUGGGACAGUGGACAUGCACCUACAGUGGAAUGCAUUGGUCACCUCGGGGAUGAUGUUUGUUCAUACAACAGCUCUCCAAGUUCUCCCGUCUUCAAGGAUGACUGA